AUGGUACGCCCAUUCAUGGUAAUUGUUGAAACCCGCUUGUUGUUUUCUGUGGUUUGUGUCUUGGUAAUGGACGACUCAUCGUCCCCUCCAGACCCGGGCGCCGCACCGGACGUCCAACGCAGUCGCGAUGCGGCUGUUCUCAAGAAUAUCUCUCUUAGUCGCGAUGCGGCUGCCACCAAGACUAGUUGUACAGCGGCCAUAGUCAAGGAAGAGUCCGCAAUGGACACCUCCGAGACCGCUGUGUCUGGUCCUCUUACGGAGGCCGCCAGUACCACUGUAUCCUCUUCGGUUUCAGGAACUGUUACAGAGCCCACCGUGGCACAAACUUCCACUUCGGAAGCCACCCUUUCGGCAACCUUCGCCGAGAUCGCCUCACGUAGUAAGUGGCACUCAGCUGCGUCGUCAUCGUUUGCUGCGUCUCAGCGUAAGUUUCACAGCGAGAAGGAGCUCCCCCACAAAUCCGACGAAGACUCGGUGAUAAGUAUGACCUCAUCCAUGGAGCACCUAUCUGUCACGGAGGUGGCACCCCCUACGCCGCCACAAGCUCCGGCAUCGGUCUCCUCCUUUACCCCUCCGGCAAAGGUUAUGCGCUCCUCUUCUAGUCAGCGCAGGCCAGCUCCUGCUGCCCCUACACAG